GCGCCCCCACCCCCCCCCAAUAAAAAUACUUCAAAAAUCUUGCUCAUAUUAAUCUUCAAAUUUAUUGCAGCAGCUCAACCAACUCUCCCACCCCCACCAUCCUUUUAGUUUUUGUUAAAUUCAACGAGCACUUUAGCUACCUAGUCUUUGUGGACUUCUUGAAGCUCAAAUCUUGCUUGUAGAUGACAAUGCCGGGGUCUUAUACGGUGAAAGUUGAAGAAGCAAGGCUGGCGACGGGUGGUAAGCCAUCGGCCGGGCCUGUUUAUAGGUGCGUUUAUGCGAAAGAUGGUCUGCUGGAGUGUCCGGCUGCGUUGGAGUCUCCUUGGCAGUUCUUGAGUGACACUGCCAAAAGGAUCCCAAAUAACCCAAUGUUGGGUCGACGAAAACUCACUGAUGAAAAGGGUGGUCCUUACAUAUGGCUCACUUAUCAAGAGGUUUAUGAAGCUUCAAUGUGCUUUGGUUCUGCCAUCAGGAGCCGUGGUGUCAAUCCUGGACAACGUUGUGGAAUAUAUGGGUCCAAUUGCCCAGAAUGGAUUAUAGCAAUGGAGGCUUGUACAAGCCAAGCUAUAACAUAUGUACCGCUAUAUGACACCCUUGGUGCUAAUGCAGUAGAGUUCAUCAUCAAUCAUGCUGAAGUUUCAAUAGCUUUUGUUCAAGAGAGCAAGAUCCCUGCUAUUCUUUCUUGCCUUCCAAGGUGUUCUGCAAAUUUAAAAACUAUUGUAAGCUUUGCGAAAAUUUCUAGCACACAGAAGGAGGAAGCUGAAGAGCUUGGCGUAUCCUGCUUCUCUUGGGAGGAAUUUCUACAGUUGGGAAAUUUGGAUUGUAAACUUCCCCUGAAAAAGAAGACUGACAUAUGCACAAUAAUGUACACCAGUGGAACGACAGGAGAACCAAAAGGUGUUGUUCUUAGUAAUGAGGUGAUCAUGACAGAAGUACUGAGCAUAGACCAAUUAUUUGAGGUUACAAGACAAAGGUGUUCAGAAGAGGACACAUACUUCUCAUUCCUUCCUUUGGCCCAUAUAUACGAUCAAGCAAUGGAGAACUAUUGCAUCUACAAGGGUAGCUCCAUAGGAUUUUGGCAAGGCGAUGUCCGAUAUUUGAUGGAUGACAUUCGGGAGCUGAAACCAACCAUGUUUUGUGGGGUUCCAAGAGUUUAUAGUCGUAUAUACACUGGAAUAUCCAAUAAAAUUGCAUCUGGAGGUUUUUUGUCGAAGAAAGUGUAUGAAUUUGCAUAUAACUACAAGUUGAGCUAUUUGGAGAAGGGUCUGCCUCAAGACAAAGCAGCUCCUAGGUUUGACAAAUAUGUCUUCAGUAAGAUAAGGGAAGCAUUAGGGGGAAGACUCCAAGUCAUGUUAUCUGGUGCAGCGCCAUUGCCUAGGGAUGUUGAGGAGUUUCUAAGGGUCACUAGUGGCACUCCCAUAACACAAGGCUAUGGUCUUACAGAAAGUUGUGGUGGGUGUUUUACAUCCUUAGCCAAUGUAUUUCCUAUGAUGGGAACUGUUGGGGUCCCUAUCACAACCAUUGAAGCAAGGCUCGAGUCAGUGCCAGAGAUGGGUUACGAUGCACUUUCCAGUGUGCCACGUGGAGAGAUUUGUCUCAGGGGAAACACCUUGUUCUCAGGUUACUACAAGCGGCCAGAUAUAACCGAAGAGGUUUUUGUUGAUGGCUGGUUCCAUACAGGUGACAUUGGGGAAUGGCAACCAAAUGGAGCGAUGAAAAUAAUUGACAGAAAGAAGAAUAUAUUUAAGCUGUCUCAAGGUGAAUACGUUGCUGUGGAGAGCAUCGAAAACAUUUACUUGCAGUGCCCUCUUAUCACAUCUAUAUGGGUCUACGGGAACAGUUUCAAGUCAUUUCUUGUUGCUGUGGUGAUCCCUGAGAGAAAGGCUCUCGAGGACUGGGCAGCAAGCCACCUUCACGAGGCUGUUGAUUUUAAAUCAUUGUGCAAAAACCCGAAGGCGAGAAAAUACAUUUUAGAAGAGCUGAUUAGCACUGGUCAGAGACACAAGCUUCGAGGUUUUGAGAUGUUAAAAGCUGUUCACUUGGAGCCAACCCCCUUUGACAUAGAGAGGGACCUGGUUACUCCAACAUUUAAACUGAAAAGGCCUCAACUGCUGAAAUACUACCAGAACCAGAUUGAUGAACUGUACAGUGAAGCAGAGGGACCAAAGGUCUGAGAAGCUGCUUUUGAAGCCUCAAAACUUAAGUUCAAAUAUACAUAUCUCUAUAAGUUUCCUGCUUCAUGUUACCAUUUAAUCUUAUUUUUGAACAUUCGUAAAAGAAACUUGACUACCAAAGUGAUUUGGCAUGCCGAUCCUUGUUCUUAUUUGUAGAUAAAUAAGACUAUUUGAAAACUUAAAACAUGUUUUUUCCUGUGA